CGUUCGCACUGCACUCUACACACCGCAACACCAGCUGCUUGCUUUUUCCUUGCGUCGCGCGGUAUUCAAUCCUUGAACGUUCCGUCAGUUUGUGGUUCUCUUUUGUAAAUGCGAAGUAAUGGCUGCGGAUCAGGCUCAAUUUCACCAGCUGCUAAAUUCCCUGCUCUCGACCGACAACGAUGUUCGAACGCAAGCGGAGGAAGCAUACAACAACAUACCAUGCGAGGGCAAAGUGACACAUCUACUUGGAGCUAUCCAAAAUCCGCAAAUGUCCGAAGAAGCUCGGAUGAUGGCAGCUGUCCUCUUGAGGAGAUUAUUCUCCGCUGAGUUCCAGGAGUUUUACAAUCCUCUGCCACCGGAGUCGAAAGAACAGCUAAAGCAGCAGGUACUGCUUACCCUGCAACAAAACGAAAGUCCCAGCUUGCGGCGGAAGAUUUGUGAGGUGGUAGCUGAAGUGGCACGCAAUCUAAUUGAUGACGAUGGCAACAACCAGUGGCCGGAAUUCCUUCAGUUUCUAUUCCAGUGCGCUAGUGCUCCAAGCGUACAAAUGCAGGAAUCCGCACUCAGAAUUUUUUCUUCAGUCCCUGGAAUUUUCGGCAACCAGCAGGCGCAACAUCUGCAAUUGAUCAAACAAAUGCUGAUUAAAUAUUUGGAUCCGUCAUCUGAUCCAGAGGUUCGUUUUCAGGCAGUUCGAGCUGUUGGUGCCUUUAUUCUGUUGCAUGAUAAGGAAGAUGACGUCCAACGACAAUUUAACGAUCUGUUACCUCGUGUUAUCAUGAUUACGGCUGAGAGUAUCGAUCAACAAGAUGACCAAACACUAAUAAAGUUGUUGAUAGAUAUGGCUGAGAGUGUUCCAAAGUUUUUGCGACCGCAACUGGAACCGAUUUUCGAAAUGUGCAUGAAGGUUUUCAGUAGCCCAGAAGUAGAGGACAGUUGGCGUCACCUGGCACUCGAAGUAAUGGUGUCGCUAUCGGAGAACGCUCCAGCAAUGGUUCGCAAACGGGCGGAAAAAUAUGUUGCUUCACUAAUUCCGCUGGUGCUGCAGAUGAUGACCGAUUUGGAAGAUGACGAGGAGUGGUCCGUGUCGGAUGAAAUCUGCGAAGAUGACACGAGCGAUAAUAAUGUGAUCGCUGAGUCUGCCCUAGACAGGCUCGCAUGCGGUCUUGGUGGAAAAGCGGUAUUGCCUCAUAUCGUUGGUAAUAUUCCCAACAUGCUCAACAAUCCUGACUGGAAGCAACGACAUGCUGCAUUGAUGGCAAUUUCGGCAGCUGGUGAGGGUUGCCACAAGCAGAUGGAAACUAUGCUGGAAAAUAUCAUGCAAGGUGUUCUGAAGUUCUUGAUGGAUCCGCAUCCUAGGGUACGUUAUGCUGCCUGCAAUGCGAUCGGACAAAUGGCCACCGAUUUUGCACCAGUUUUCGAAAAGAAGUUCCACGAGCAGGUUAUUCCCGGGUUAUUGAGCUUACUGGAUGAUGUACAGAACCCACGUGUGCAAGCGCACGCUGGCGCGGCGCUGGUUAACUUUAGCGAAGAUUGUCCGAAAAACAUCCUUACACGGUAUUUGGAUGGUAUCAUGGCUAAGCUUGAAGCGAUUUUGACCACCAAAUUCAAGGAAUUAGUAGAAAAAGGUACUAAGUUGGUAUUGGAGCAGGUGGUUACCACUAUUGCUUCGGUAGCCGACACCACAGAGAAGGACUUCGUUGGGUACUACGACCGAUUGAUGCCUUGCCUAAAAUACAUCAUUCAGAAUGGAAACACCGAAGAGCUGCGAUUGCUGCGAGGAAAGACUAUUGAAUGUGUGUCGUUGAUCGGCCUUGCUGUUGGAGCGGAGAAAUUUAUGUCUGAUGCGUCCGAUGUGAUGGAUAUGCUGCUGAAGACCCACACCGAGGGUGACUUGCCGGACGACGAUCCGCAGACUUCGUAUUUAAUUUCGGCUUGGGCACGCAUUUGCAAGAUUCUCGGUAAACAAUUUGAGCAGUAUUUACCGCUGGUAAUGGGUCCGGUUAUGAGGACAGCAUCAAUGAAGCCGGAAGUUGCUUUGUUGGAUAACGAUGAAGUGCAGGACGUAGAAAGCGAUAACGACUGGCAAUUUGUCAAUUUGGGUGAACAGCAAAACUUUGGAAUCCGCACAGCUGGUCUAGAAGAUAAGGCUUCGGCUUGUGAAAUGUUGGUCUGCUAUGCACGUGAGUUGAAGGAUGGAUUUGCCAACUAUGCUGAAGAGGUCGUUCGUCUGAUGGUUCCGAUGUUGAAGUUUUAUUUCCACGAUGGCGUUCGCACUGCGGCGGCCGAAUCUUUACCGUAUCUUUUGGAUUGCGCUAAAAUUAAGGGACCGACCUAUUUGGAAGGAAUGUGGCUUUACAUUUGUCCGGAACUUCUGAAGGCAAUCGAUUCCGAGCCAGAGCCCGACGUGCAAGCCGAACUUUUGCAUUCGCUUGCUAAGUGUAUCGAAACGCUCGGAGCUGCAUGUCUAUCGACGGAAGCAAUGGAUGAAGUGCUUAAGCUUAUCGAUAAGUUCAUGAAUCAACAUUUCCAAAAGGAGGAAAAGCGCGCCCUAGCUCGCAAAGAAGAAGACUACGAUGAUGGCGUUGAAGAGCAACUGGCGGAGGAAGACGACGCAGACAUCUAUCUUUUGUCGAGAAUAUCCGACAUUAUUCAUGCGCUGUUCCUAACCUACAAGGAUGGAUUUUUACCCUUUUUCCAGCGAGUUGUACCACACUUUGUUAAACUGUUGGAUCCGACGAAGGCGUGGGCUGACCGACAAUGGGGAUUGUGUAUAUUUGACGAUCUGAUUGAAUACAGUGGACCAAUGUGUGCGCAAUAUCAGGCAUACUUCCUACAACCGAUGCUGGAAUACAUCAAGGACAAGCAACCGGAAGUACGACAAGCAGCGGUCUACGGAUGUGGAGUGUUGGCACAGUUUGGCGGUGAUCAGUUUUCAAUGACAUGCGCCCAAGCCAUCCAAUUGCUAGUGGAGAUCAUCAUGAUGCCGGGCAGUCGUGAACCAGAAAAUGUAAAUCCGACAGAAAACGCUAUCUCAGCUGUAACCAAGAUACUGAAGUAUAACAAUAAAGCCAUCACGAAUCCGGAUGAAAUCAUCGCUCUAUGGUUCUCCUGGCUGCCCGUUGUGGAGGACGACGAUGAGGCAAUUCACGUCUACGGAUAUCUGUGUGAUCUGAUUCAGGCGAACCAUCCGGUGGUGUUGGGUGAUAACAAUUCUAAUCUGCCUCGGAUUGUGUCCAUCUUCGCUGAAGCAUUCUAUCGAGAGGCGAUGUCUGUUGGUCACCCGGAAUCGACACGAAUGUUGGCCAUCAUCAAACAGAUCGAAGCCAGUCCGGAUAUUUUCCAGGCGUGCAUAAAUCAGUUGACGGCGGAACAGAAAACUGCGUUGGAAGAGGCAUACCGAACCGUUGCCGCUGUUGCACAGUAGGAAAAUAAGUGAAAUCAUACAUCAAUUUCUGCUACGGUUUUGCUUAUUCUCUUAAAAGGUAGAUUUUAGUUUACGAGUGCGACUGAGUGAGCAUAAAAAGGGACUGCGAACGUGAGAUAGGGCGAUAUUUUUCUGGAGGCUCUCGGCAGGAUCGGUUGUACGAGAUGAUAGGUUUUGACAUUUUGUCAGCUUUUAAGUACGUUGAACAUUUGAGAAAUAGUUGAAGUUACGCUAUGAUUGGCUUUGUGCAAAAACUAUUUUUCCAUCUGUAUGGUUCUAACCAGAUUGAGUUAAGGAGAAUAUUAUAUAUAAAAUUAUAUAGUCGUUUCUCUGCAGCAUAUACUCUAGCAUUCUAGCGAGAUUUAUUUUGUAAUUAUUUAAUCACAUUCGUUUCCCUUUUGCAGUGCGACGUAAACAAUUAACAGGCCAGUUUUAGACAGACUAGAUUGUAACUGCUUUGUCAGUUAGAUGGCAAUUCACAAUAAAAGUAGUUAAACAUCUAAUGCUCGAAACGUUACUAAACUGGGGGCUAUAUUUUGCUCUAUUGAACGGAUGCUUUUUGUCCAUUUCGAUCGAAACUAGCGAAACGCGAUGUGAUGCUAUUUUAUGAUGACAACUAUUAAUCCUGGCACAAUGUUACGCAAAGUGCUAAACGUGUUUUAUUCCAUAGCACAAAACGAUAGGUAGCUUCUUGGUUCACUCUCAUUAAGUCAGGCGUAGCUGAUCAAAGGUUUUAGAAUUGUAAAUAGUGCGUUCAGAGCCAGACAGUUUCUUUGAGCCGAAUAUGGGUUUUUAACAAAAGUAUACACGGCGUAUAAAAUGUAUUAUUAAUGGCCAUUGUUAAUUGCACGAUAUUUAACGAUUUUUUUCCUCGAUUUAGUUUGAUCUAUUAUUUGUCUUUUGACGACAUUGUUUGCAUGCUAAGCGUGCACUUACUUUCUUUUAUUAUUUAUUUGGAAAGUGUCCAUUGCUUUCUAACCAAAAAUCUACUUCGAGGGAAGAAUAAUGCCAAAUCAAUGGACUUUCCUCCGCUUCGCUUUAGCUCUUCCGCUUGGAAUUGGGCUCAGUCCACGUAGUGUGUCAUCAUUUAAACAGCAAUGAAAUUUAUGCGACAUUAAACUACAAGAUCUAUAUGCACAUUUUCCAUAUUAAAAAGGCAAAUUCUAUAUAUUAGGAUAAGAAUAAACAAUAUUCUAUCAUCCAAUUGCA